UAGUUGGUUCGCAUGCAAAAAACGGCAAAAUACCAACGGAAUUUUCGCACAACGCGUUUAUUUUUUAUUUUACUUUUUUUCUACACAACAUUCUAGAAAAUAGGUGAAAACGGGCAACCAAUAAAAAAGUGAACGCACUACUGUCAAACCCAAGAAAAUCAAUUUGUUCAAGACAAUACAAACCUUGCAUAUUCAACUUGGUUGUAACACAAAUUUAGCAAUUUAACAAAAACCAUCUAUAAUGAAGCACAUAUGUAUGUAUGUAUGUAAAGCGCGCUCAGCAAAAGCAAACCGAAAUGAUGGACCAGCCCGCAAGGCAGUGUAAACUAACAGAAUAGUGGUGAUAAGCAAAAAUUACCAGAAGCAAAUGGGAGAAUAUGCAUACAGCAACAAAAACAAAAACAAAAACGUUGAAGUUGAAGUUGAAAAAGUAAACACAGCCGAGGGCUGCAGCCGAGGCAGAGCGAGCGACAGCGUUGGCAAAAACAACUAUUCGUACUCCAAAUCCUCCCCUUCCCGAGUACUCUCACGUCGUGUGGUUGUGAAAUUUUAGGUGCGACUUAAAGUUUAAAAUUUAAAACAAACAAAACACUAUAUGCAUACAAAUAUAACCGUUAUAAAGCAUAAUAAAUUAAAAUAUAAAAUAAUAUAGAUUAUUAUGGAGAGCAUUAAUUGAAAAUUUUAAUUAAUAAAAUUAUAAUAAGAGCAAAACUAACAUAAUCACGCCGCAGUUGCACAGGCAUGUGUACGUUAGUGUAUGUGUGUGCGUGUGCACAAUAAACACGCAUGAAAGCAUAUUGUGCAGAGCGCAUAGUAAAACACAUUGCUGCCACAAAAAAGUUGCUGGCAAAUGAAAUUACGGUAAAAAAGCAAUUUAUUAAAAUAUGCAUUGCAGUUUUUGUGUGUGUGUGUGUGCGUUUUACAAGAGAAUUAUUACCCGAAAUAACUAAUAAAUUAUAUAUUUAGUAAUUAACAGGUGCUGAGGUAAUACAAAUACAACAACUUAACUCUUUAAACAACGGCAUAUUAAAGAAGUCAAAAUAAAAUCUAACGGUAUCUCUCAAUCUCAACAGUUGAAGGCGUGCUUUGAGGUUAAAUGUGAACGGAACUUAACGAACUUAACUUAACGACUGUGUUUGGUCUUAGCGAAAACUUUUAACCGUAAAUUAAGCAACUUAGGCGGCAGAGGGGCGCAGUGACGCAGGGUACAGAGCAAUGGCGUGUGUCUAAUUUUUAAACUUUUUAUUGUACAUUUUAAGCCUAGACUAACGUAAUUUUACUCGAAAUAAACGACCGUCCUCUUUACAUUACAAAAAGUAAAAAAAAAAAACCAAAAACAAAAGCAAAAAAUAAAAACAAAUAAUUAUAGUAUAUUAUAAGCCAAUUUGAAACUAUCAAACGAUGCGAAGGCAGCAGCAAAGUAUUUCAACUAACUUUUAAAAUAGUUAUAUAUAUGUAUGUGUAUUUUUAAAGUAAACGAGCCAAUACGAAUGUUAAGCUCACAUUCAUAAAUAAAUCAAUCAAAAACAGAGUGCGUGCAACAAAAACAAAAACAAAAAAUUAAAUACACAAAUAAUCAGACUGAAUGAAUGCAAAUUGAAUUAAAUAAAAAAUAGACAAAAAAAAUCUAAAAAAUAAUUAAAACACUCACCUACAAAACCAUAAACUAGCGAAAAGCCAAUAAAAUUAUUACACAUCGCAGAAAGUGACAAAUGAACGAGUAUUUAAUUGCCACAAAGUGUUGAAAGGCCGGGCGGCAACACUGAGCAGAGCCGCCAUUGGCAAAAUAACGGCAAAUUAUUAUAAACAAUGCUGAAAUUGUAUAAAAACAAAGUGUACUGUAGCUACAACAACACACUGUAAUGAUAUAAAACAAAAAUAAGCGAAUAAAAGCAAAAACAAACACAAAACUAAACAACGCAACGCAACGCACAGAGCGACACACACGCUGGCUGGCAGGCUGGCUGGCGGGGAGGCAGCAAUUUCAAUCCAAACAACGCACUCCACGCACUCAAUUGAGCUGCCGAGAAAACACGCUGAACGUACCUAAUUAAAAUUCAUAGGCCCAUACACAAACAGGCAAACACACAAACAACGCAAGGGCUUUUACACACACAUAUAUAAGUAGCUGUGUGUGCGUGUAAACAUAACGCCACAAACGCAAGGAAAACAAGGAGGAAAAAAAGAAGGAGAAGAAGACGACGAAGAGUAAACAGCAGCCAAAUUAAGUCAACUGGAAGGCAGUGGCGACCGCGCCCACCCAAGCACACAGUUCAUACAACAACAAUAAUAACUGCCUGCGCGCGUGUGGCCAAAAGGGUUAACAGUGGCUGUGACACUUUCCUGCGAGCUGUCAGCUGCAGCAGAGGCCGCGUCCAGCGCGCGGCUACUGUAAUUGGUGCGCCAAAAGCACACAACAACAACAACAAGGCUGUGGUGAGCAAUUAAAACGUUGACCAAGCAGUAAAGGAAUAGAGCCGAGCAGGAAAAUAAUUAAAAAAUUAAUAAUAAUUAUAAUAAAAGAGCAAGACAGCUAACGGUGGCGGCAUGCCAAGCGGUAAAGCGGAAGCAGCUGAGCAUUAAAUAAAUAUUAAAACGUCGUUUGAUACGAAAUUGAAUCAACAACGACGUGGCAUAUAAAAUCACACAAACACACACACACACCUAUAAGCGCAUAUACAAACGCGCACGAUCAGCGCAACGUCAGCACUGACGUCAGGAGCAGGCGGCACCCAGCAGCAGCGCUCUGCCAAUAGCGUUCGAUAGAUGCCGCAGCCGCAGCCACAGCUGUGCUCGGCGGCGCGUGAAUUGACGCCAAUAGCGGCGGCGCUCGUGUAGGCGCCAGCGCAGCAAGCGUGGCAGUGACGGCGACAGCAACAGCAACAGCGACAGCGACAGAGCCAGUGGCAGCCGUUGUGCCGUUCGCUUCAGCAGCCAAUGCAUCAGAAAUCGAAGAUUUUUGAUUUUGUUCCUCUCCACCAUCACCACAACCACAACCAAUACCACCAAAACCACCAAUACCAUUACAACCACAAAUACCACCAACAAAAUAAUAACCAUCGCUACCACCAACACCAUUCACCACGAUGGCUACCAUAAAUUCGGUACAGAAGAGUAUUCAUUUGCCAUUAACGAGCUUGUCGUCGCCGCGUGUUUUGAUGUGCAGCGCCUCUGUCGGCACCGAGGGUUCCGUUACGCUACAAUUGAGAGACUCGUCCGAUUCCAAUCAGUCGCCAGCUCAAACGUCUUUGGAAAAUGCCUUGACCAUCGGCUAUCCCGACCCGGAGAUGUUGGCCGACGUGUUCGGUUCACUGCAGACAUCCUCAUUCAAGAAUCACAGCAGUGCGCUGGUGUCAACAUCGCCAACAACAAUAACAAAUCAUAAUACUAAUCCGAUUAGCAGUAAUAGCAGCAGCUGUAACAACAACAAAACCACAAAAUCCCCUACCAACGCCACGAGCAGUGCGCCGAGCAGCAGCAGCACCUCCACCACCACCUCCGCACCGGCCAACAAAGUCACAAUCAGUCGUCGCAAUCAAAGCAGCGUGGCAUCAGCAACAACAACAAGCGCCGCAACAUCUGCCAAUACAGCAACAACAACGGCGCACACGACAACCAAGUCAUCCGUGCAAACAGUGUCCACAGCCACGAAUACCACCAACAAGACGACCAGCAGCUACGUCAAGAAUUGCCUGAUACGCAGCAGCAGUUGCAGCAACACCAACAACGUCACCUCGCUGGCACAGAUAAUGAGCAACAGCAGCACGAGCAGCUCAUCGUCGCUACUGAAUCAUAGCAACACGAACAGCAACAGCAACUGCAGCAGCAACAGUAAUUUCAGCUCGUCGAGCAGCAGCAACGACAGCAUAGUCAGUGUCAACAGCAACAACAGUGGUGGCGGCGUGCUGAAGAGCGGCGGCAGCAGCAGCAAAGGUGCCACGGCGGCCGGUGCGACGGGCGCGACGCUCAAGAAGAAUCGCACCAAAUUAUCUUCUCCAACGCGUCAUGGACCACAGCAGUGCCAGAUCUGUAGUAAAAUCUUUGGAAAUGCGUCAGCGUUGGCGAAGCACAAACUGACGCAUAGCGACGAGCGGAAAUACGUGUGUGCGAUGUGUUCGAAGGCGUUUAAGCGACAAGAUCACUUAAAUGGCCACAUGAUGACACAUCGUAACAAAAAACCCUACGAAUGCAAAGCUGAGGGCUGCGGCAAAUCAUACUGCGAUGCACGUUCCCUGCGCCGUCACACCGAGAACCAUCAUUCGGGCAUAAUAACACCACAAAAUCAAACUCUCUCGCCAACCUCCAGCACACCAAACGGACUUAGUCUAUCACCGGCCACAGCAAGCGGGGAUGCCAGUUCACCGGACGGUGCCACAUGCAUACGCACUUACAUCUCUACAGGUGGCAGUAUUGUUGAUGCGGCCACCGGAGUUGCGCUAACCGAAGAGCAAAUAAAAGCCAUCAAUUUGCCCAUUAAGACCGGUGUCACUCUGCUUUCGCCCACGUCAACGUCGUCUGCGUCGUCAGUGAGUGGUGUUUCGUUGCCCGCGUCGUCCCCUACAAUUGCGCUCGCCGAGACGAGUAUCGUGGACACCGGUGAGGGUUUGACUCGCGAACAAUUGGAUUUGAUCAGUAAGAUUAUGCAACAGACGAAGCAAACGAGCGCACAGGUGACGGUCUCCUCACCCACCAGCGUUAAUUCUUACAAAGUAGACACAAAUCCAUCUUCGUCUACACUUGGUGCGUCGGGUUCACAUCAUGCCGUGAGCGGUUCUUCGGGUCGACCGCGUACUUGGAAUAUGCAACUUUUAAACACGCAAAAUGUAUCCAUCGCCGUCGAUGAGUCCAAUUCCGAUGCGACGUCCAGCACAGCAACAUCGCCCAUCGAAGCCAAAGAAGAGGAGGUGAAUCAACAAUUUGUGGCCGCCAUUAAUCCGCAUCUCUUGAAUAUUGUCAAGAUGGAUCAGAAGCAAGUUGAAUGCAAUUUGUGUCAUCGCAAGUUCAAGAAUAUACCAGCACUCAACGGACAUAUGCGGCUACAUGGCGGCUAUUUCAAAAAAGACCCCGAGACCAAAAAGACAGAAAAGAAAGAGCCAAGCGGUCCACCGCUGCAGACAGCCAGUAUUGGCGUGCGUGCGCUGAUCGAAGAGAAAAUCAUCAGUAAACGCAAAGAUAUGAACAAGGGUGCCUUCGUAGUUCCUGCACCACCCAGUAGCGUAUCCAGCACUUCCACAAUCCGACGAUCGAUUAGCGAUCUAGAAAGUUUCCUUAGUCCCAAAUCACACAGCCAUAAUGGCAACAUCGGCGGCGGUAAUGGUGCAAACAGUAGUAACAACAACACGUCUAGUCAGAACUCGCCCACCGCCACCACAACGACUAUGCUACCUGCCGCAACUACAAUCAAAAACUUCAGUGGUGGUACAUUGGGCUUGCAGCAAAUCGGCAUGUCGCAGGGUAUCGAAAUUUUCAGCACAAAGCAACAGAAGACAGUGGGUAAUGUGGGCCAUAGUUUGGGUAUGGGCUUGAGUGCGGCUCUCCAAGCGAAUAAUGCAACGAUGAAUCCGUCAACGAUGAAAUCUGCAGCAACGACAAAUACAACGACUACCAAGGGAACUUCGACCGAUCCGAAAGACUCGACACUCAUUGAGUUAUUGAAGCGCGGCACGCGCAUCGCCGUCACUGCCAAGAAGCCAUUAAACAGUACAAACCCAAUAACAAAUAUGGGAAGCAGUAGCAGUAAUAACGGCAAUGGCGGAUCGCGUCAAAUAAUCACCAACAACAAUCGCACUGUGAUUAUACCGUCCGACGUGCAAGUUCUACCCACCCGUAUGGCCAAGUCGAGUGCUAACGUCCUGCGAUCCUCUACUCCCGCCAGCUUAGCCCUGACCGACACGACGCCACUAUCACUCACCAUAUCGCAGAGUGGUGACGGCGGCAUAGGUGGUGAUGUGUAUACGGUCACUUAUAGCAGUGACACAUCGGGAUUUUUCGAUGAUGCGGAGGUCUAUAAUGUCGCUGACACGGAUAUGUUGCUGCAGACGGUAGAUUCAAUGCAGUUACUCAACGAUGACUCGCAACAAUUGAAAAGCGAACAUUCCGAACAAUUUGGCUCUGUGACUGGCGUGGGGAUCACGGAAGGCGAUCACACCGACAAUAGCGGUAAUUGCAUUCAAGCCGAAUACUUGAAGUUAGAAGCCGACGGUAGUGUCAAUGCUAUGCCCACCACUUUACCCACUUUCCAACAAUUUCAUUCCAAGGAGUUAAUCAUGCAGAAUAGUGCCCAGAUACAGGCUGUGACUAGCAUGCGUUCCAACGCGCAUCAACUGGGCUCGUUAUCCUCACCUAUAAACUCGCCGCUCGCAUAUCCAACACCACCCUCCAGUCAUGAAAAUAUGACGCAAUCAUCGCCCUAUGUCGAUGAUGGACACCAGUAUUCCGAAGUGACAAACGCUUUCUUCAAUGAGAAAUGCAGUGGCGACUUCCUCACGCAGUCAGCAACCGAAGUGACUUUCUUCAAAAGCAAUGACAAUCAGCAUGAGCUCACCGACACCGAGAAGAUAUUGAAGUUGAAGACCGUGUUGGAGGAGAGCGCUUUCGAUGGUUCCAUCAAGGUGGAGGAUUUACUGAAUGGUACACAGGAGGAUGACACGGAAUGUGAUCUACGGGACUUUGCUGAAAGCAAUCUGGCAUUUUUGGAUGAGGAUCAGGAGUUUCUGAAUGACUCGCGAAAUGCAACUUCGCCUUUACCAGAAUCAUUUUUCACCGGCAGUAUUGGUACGGCCGAAGAAGUGAAAGAGGUAUUGCGCGAUGUGUUACCCGACGAAAAUAUCAAUCUGAAUUGCGAAGAGCAAUCGGAUGAAAAUAUUAUUGAUUUGUAUUAUUUGCCGGGUUUGGGCUUACAAUCACAAAUGAUGCCUAAUUCGGAUGACCCGCUCUUAUCCUCGUCUCCAAGAGAUUUCGGUCAGCAGCGGGGACAAAUUAUACAAACAACGCAACAGGUCCAAGCUCAGCAGCAACAACAAAGUCAACAAUCGCUAUCACAAUCACAGCAAAUCCAGCACUCCACACAGCAUUUGCUUUACGCCCAGCAAAUGGAGCAUCAAAUGCAACAACAACAGCAGCAACAAACAUCUACCGGCGGUGACUACGUUGGCAAUCAAUUAGCAAUGGCAAUGCAACAAACCGUCGCAGACGGCAAUGACACACCCUCGACGCUACAGUACAAUCUACAAAACCUACCGCAAGUACAAAACCAGCAACAAUACAUUGACGUGAACACACCGAUUCAGCAUGUGUCAACGCUUGAUGGUGGCAUACUGCAUCAGCAGCUAGUUUUUACAGGUUCGACCGACAAGCAGGAGAUACAUAUAACGGGACAACAAGGCGAUAUGGGUCUUCUGUCCGCCGGUAGCUCCAUUAAUACCGACACCAAUAUCUACUUCGCCAGCAACUCCAGUAAUUCCAACAACUCAAUGUCCGCUUUGCAACAAAUCGGCAAUCAGUCGAGUGCCUGUAAUCUGCCCAUCUCAUCGUCUUCAUGUCAACCACCAGCGGCUUCUACAGUUCUUUCCACACUGCAACCCCUCUCCAACCAAACAAAUUCCAUACUGAAGCGUCGUCUGCGGCCGCACAAUUCCAGUGACUCCAGCAAUUCACAAAGUUUCGCCAAAUAUCAUCCGCUCUCACCGUAUCGAUCUAAGUUGCGCAAACCCUCGCGAACGCAUUAUACACCGGCGCCUAUACUUAAUCCCGAUCGAAAAGGUGUCGGACUGUAUUGCAGUGUGCGCAAGCAACUCAACACGGGUCUGCUUGGUUUCGAUAGUUUUGACGAUGAUUUCGACGAUCCGGUGGGCUUAGUGGAUUUUUCAGAUGAAUCAAAGGUCAAUCUGGGCUCGGCGUAUCAAGCACAAGUACCGCCUUGCCGAGAACGCAUUCACAGUGCGGGUAGCGAUGCCGCAACCGAUGGUGAGUUGUGUAAAAUCAACUCUUGUUUCGACGUCGAGGAGCCUGUGAGUGCGGAGCAAUUGUGGGACCCCACCGUACAAACAGACGAGAAGAUUUUGAUGCGCUACAUUGACCUGAGCAAAUCAUCGGCUGUGCCGCUGGGCAGUCACACCGAAGAAGUAGCGCUGCACACACUGCUCAAAGCACAAGGAAAUAUGGCCGCGGCAGUACUAACUUUACUCCAAACACCAUCGAAUGCAUUCCAGAUGAAAUGGUCCGCUACCGAAUUGGAGGUGUUCUUAAAAGGACUGGAACGGCAUGGCAAAGAUUUUGGACGCAUUUCGCUGGAGUUGGGUUCAAAGACAACGGGCGAGUGUGUGCACAUGUACUACUUCUGGAAGAAACUUUGUGUUGACUAUAAAGUAUCACAUCUUAAAACGGAAACGCCACCUCCACCACCGGUGAACGAUCCGAAACCGUAUGUCUGCGAAGUGCCGGAUUGCUCUGCGAGCUUUACCUCAAAAGCUGCCCUGCAUGGUCACACUCGCAUACAUACUUACGGUAGAAAUUCGAAUAGCCAUCAUAACAACAAUAACAAUAAUAAUCACAACAAUAAUGCUACAAGCAACACUACUAAUCAGAACAACGGUGCCACAACGGGCGGCUCGACAAGCGUCGUCCAGCAGACCAACGGCUGUGCGUCUCAGACACAAUCUCAAGUGAGCGUCGGUGGUGCGAGUGCUUCCGGUGCAUUACCAAAAGACGCUAGUCAAAGCGGCGUGCCCGGUGCCGUCAGCACCGCCAAGGACACCGACUUUCCCUGCAAGGUGUGCGGCAAAGUCAAAAGUCACAAGUUGAAUUGCGAGUUGUCGCUACUCCCCACCACCACGCUGUUGUAUAACGACGCGCACGCGCAAGCGCGCCCAUGUUGAAAGUGCUAGCUCGCUCACUGAAGCAGCAGCCGCCACUGCAACCGGCAUGUGUCUUUCAGCGCCACACUCAGCCAAAGCGU